AGCUGGCAAAAGCUGGCUCUUAAGGCCCAGCUUCCCAUACUUCUCUCCCUCUCUCUCCUUCUCUCUGCCUGUACCUGCAUCUCUCCAAGUGUGCGUGUGUUUGAGGCCGGAGGGCAACAACAUGUUAUUCUGAAAAUAGGGUCUUGUAGCUACUGAAGAAACAAGGCAAAGGGCUGAAAAAGAGAGAAAAAAAUGAGUGCUUCAAGGUUCAUAAAGUGUGUCACAGUCGGUGACGGUGCGGUCGGCAAAACUUGCAUGCUCAUCUCCUACACUAGCAACACUUUCCCUACGGAUUAUGUGCCAACUGUUUUUGACAAUUUUAGCGCCAAUGUGGUUGUGGAUGGAAGCACUGUAAAUUUAGGUUUGUGGGAUACUGCUGGCCAGGAAGAUUAUAAUAGAUUAAGACCCUUGAGCUAUCGUGGGGCAGAUGUCUUUCUGCUUGCGUUCUCUCUCAUAAGCAAGGCCAGCUAUGAAAAUAUUGCAAAGAAAUGGAUUCCUGAAUUGAGGCAUUAUGCACCUGGUGUUCCAAUUGUACUUGUUGGAACGAAACUUGAUCUUCGGGAUGAUAAACAGUUCGUUACAGACCACCCUGGUGCGGUUCCCAUCACCACAGCCCAGGGAGAGGAACUUAGAAAGCUUAUUGGGGCUCCGGUUUACAUUGAAUGUAGUUCAAAAACGCAGCAGAAUGUGAAGGCUGUUUUUGAUGCGGCCAUAAAGGUGGUUCUCCAGCCACCAAAUCAGAAGAAGAAAAAGAAGAGAAGCAGACAAAAGGGCUGCUCCUUUUUGUGAUUGUGAAAAGAAUCAUUCCUGGAGGAUAUCGUCACCAAUUAGCCAUAUAGGCCAUUAGUCUCUUACAGUCACUAUAUCUCUUACAAUUGCCCUCCUCAAGGAAGAAGCAAGCUUUGAUUUAGUCAACUGACAGAACUAGGGAGCUCUUUUUAAGCAUCAAGUUGUCUGUGUUGUCACUUUCUUGGCUGUAUGCUGAUCCAUAUAUUGAUGAUUCACAUUUCUUGGUGAAAAUGCCCAGGUCUUCUGUUUCUCUGGGCUAGAUUUAGCUUUCUUGUGGACUCUAUAAAAAAACAAACUGUUUCCUCGUGUACACAUGGUGUUAUCCAUGUUCUGUGACCUCAUUUAGUACAUUUCAAGAAGCUUUUUUUUUUUUUU